GCCAAUGCUAUCUUGAGGGCUGAUUGUCGCUCAAAAAAUGUCGGAUAUAGGUCCGAAGGACUGUCGCAUCCUCCCUUCAGCUCGAAGAGACUGUCACCAUUUUAGGGUCAUGGAUCUUAUCAUAGGAACAAAGCAUUCGCUCUCUCCACUCGGCAAUGCAUCCGGCUCCGGUGCGUGUUGCGGCUUGGGGAUAAGUUCCGAACUUCCCAGACAUGAACAACUGGAGGGUCUGUUUAGCCCCCUGAAUGGAAGCGAGUAUGGCAAAACAGAUAGGAAGAAAGGGAACCGAUUUUCCAAGCCGGGAUUACCAAUUGGCGUGGGAUCUCUAGGGCGCUGGACUGAAGUAAAACCCACACCAUCGCGCACCAGAGACUCGUUUCGUGCCUUUACCGAUUACUCUGUCUCUAUUCGCAAAUGGACCCAAGCAUAUGCAGAUGGUGAAAGCGUACACGUGGCGUGUGCGUCACGUCAGACUAACGAGAAAGAAAUUAGGCCUAUUCCCGGCGUGGGAGUUCCUCGCGUGUCUCCUGUAGCAGAAUUGAUCGGUCUUCGACAUACAUAUUGCUCCCAAGUUAGCAGUGAUGCAUGCUUGGGAAUUUGAAGGCUCACACGGCCACCAGCUACUCUUUCUCGGCUGAAAGCUAAGUCCCAUUGGACCAAUGCGGGAGGUACUAAAUUAUACACGUUACAAUCAAGGGCCCUGUUAUACCGAGAUAUUGCUUGCAGCUGACUGUGAGCUUGGCUCAUCCCCGCAUGGAACAUCCCCGCCAGGCACAAGCACUUCCUCGUGUAACUAUGGCUACAAUUACUCGGCAUUGCAUAUAUAGCUGCGGUUUGCGGUUUUGCUUGCUCACUUCCUCCGCUGUAAUGAAAGAAUUCCUCCAGCUCAAAGCGUUCAUUUUCCUCGCAUCUGUUGUG